AUGAAAGACGAUGCGUACUCUCUUUGCCUCGUCGAGGUCAACCGUGACUUUAUUACUGCAACGGCUGCCAUUGCUGCGCUCGGAUCCUUCCUCAUGGGUAUCAGUGCGAACUUGCCUGUUGCCGUCGCUCCUGCCAUGGGGCUGAAUGCUUAUCUGGCUUAUCAGAUGGUCGGAUUCCACGGUACCGGCCCGAUUGACUACCGCGUCGCAAUGACAGCUGUGUUUGUUGAAGGUUUCAUCUUCGUUGCUCUUUCUCUCCUCGGUAUUCGACAAUGGCUUGCCCGCAUCAUCCCAGCCUCCAUCAAAGUAGCUUGUGGAGCUGGUAUUGGUCUCUUCCUUACCUUGAUCGGUCUUUCAUACAGUGCGGGAUUGGGUGCCAUCACUGGAGCCAAGGCCACGCCGCUUGAGCUUGGAGGCUGCCCGCCAGAAUUCCUGGACCCAGACACUGGCGCAUGCACUGGACACAAGGCGACCAACCCUACAAUGUGGCUCGGCUUCCUCGUUGGUGGUGUCCUCACAGCCUUGUUGAUGACAUACAAAGUUCGUGGUUCGAUGAUUGUCGGUAUCGCGCUUGUGUCGUUCUGCUCCUGGCCCCGCGACACUCCCAUCACAUUCUUCCCACGCACUGUCGUUGGAGAUGCCCGCUUUGAGUUCUUCAAGAAUGUGGUGGCUUUCCACCCUAUCAAGAACACACUUCUCGCGCAGGACUGGGAUCUCAGCAAUGUGGGUGGCCAAUUCGCCCUUGCCGUCUUCACUAUGCUCUACGUUGAUAUCUUGGAUGCUACUGGUACUCUCUACUCCAUGGCUCGCUUCUCAGGAGUUGUUGACCCUGCAACGGGUGACUUCCCCAAGAGCACUAUCGCUUACAGUGCUGAUGCGAUUUCCAUCUCCAUUGGCUCACUGUUCGGCUCUUCGCCAGUCACUGCAUUCGUUGAGUCAGGUGCUGGUAUCCAAGAAGGUGGACGCACAGGUCUCACAGCGAUCACGACCGGGGUGCUAUUUUUCAUCUCGCUCUUCUUCGCACCCAUCUUCGCUUCCAUCCCGCCAUGGGCAACAGGCGGUGCGCUUAUUCUCGUCGGCUGCAUGAUGAUGCGUGGAGUUCUCGCCAUCAACUGGAACUAUCCUGGCGAUAGCAUCCCGGCCUUUGUGACACUCAUGUUCAUGCCAUUUUCGUACUCGAUUGCGUACGGACUGAUCGCCGGUAUCAUGACCUACGCCAUCAUUAACACCACUACAUGGGCUCUUGCCACCAUCUCGCGUGGCAAGCUCUUGCCUCCUGAUUAUGACAACAAGGAGUACUGGAGUUGUGAGUAUUGGUCGUCUGUACUGUUACGGACUUUUGCUAAUAUUCAGCUAGUCAACUCCGAUUCUGCUCGUGCCCAGCCAUGGUUCAUCCGUCUCGCCAAGGGCGACAAGCAGUUCUGGAAGCCCCCGAACACUGACCAGUUCGAGCUUGAGUCUACCGAGCAUCGCCCCAAGGCUUGA